AUGGCAAGGAGAAACGACAACCGUUGGUCAACGGCAACAUUGGAUUGGUAUCCACGAGAUUGGAAAAGACCAGUUGGACGCCCACCAUUGAGAUGGUCAGAUGAACUAAGGAAAAACCACUGUAUAUAUGACAACAACAACAAAUUGGUCGAAUAUUGGACAACUCGUGCCAAAGACCGUGAUAAAUGGAGAACUGUGGUCCGCGCAAUAUGCUGA